AUGGAUGUAGACGAAGAAGUGUUCGUACUUGCCCCUGACGAUCAUACAAGCUGGGAGAGAGCGGCGGACAUGGCCAUGCGCCACAUCGCGCGCGUCCGCACUCCUGUUAGGCGUCCGCGCGAUGAGACCGUGGAGUCCUACUACUCUUCUUUGCCAAUCGACCUUGAGCCAGCGUCGGCCCCCUCGCAUCGCUUUAUCAACUACGACCGCCAUAUCCCGGGUUGUAUGCGCGUUCCCGAGACUGCCCAGUUCAUACUCGCCGACAUCCAAUAUAUCUCCGCCCCCCUGGCACGCCGCCCAUCGGACUAUCUCGUUCCCUGCACGCGGGUGUGGACUUGCCCUCAUCCCCAAUGCGUAUACAGCAUCGACCUCUCAGCGCUAAAUAAUGAUCAAGCGGAGACCGUAGCAAACAAGACGAAGGACGCCCAACCAUCUUUUGCACAGUUCGACUUGGGCGGCGGCUGCGUCGUAUCCCCGACAUUCUCUCGCAGUGUGGUCGACAUCUUGGGCCUGGAGCACUACUCGUUGACUCACCUGCGCCGAUUGGGUAUCCGGUAUACGCUCUACGAACUAUUGAGCGAUGGAAAAAUGGCGUUCUUUUGGGAGCCGCAAGAUUGGUCGGCCGUGUUCUCAGAUGCUGGCGUACGCGGGACGUCGGCUCGUCAUCACGAAGAGACUAGGCAAGUCAAAAUGCGGGAGGCCCUGAUCCAGGAAGGGAUUGUCUGGGCCGAGGGCCUCCGGCUAGAGGUACGGGCGGACCUCUACGCGUGUCGUCAUCGCACGCGCAAGGAGCAUUCCCGUUUCGCCCGAAGGAACUAUGAAGGCUUGCUGAGCUUGCGCUCACCGGACAGUGUAUACGAACCGCGGUACAGGAUCUCUUUCAACCGCAAAGCCGUCGUCGCGAUGAACGAUCUCUACAACACGCUGCAUGCCGACGAAGAGCAUCGGGAAUCCGCCCUUGACGCCGUUGUGAGGCGGGAGCAGUUACUUAAAGCAGCGUACCAGUAUCUGAACUAG